UAUAUAAAGGUGGCGAACGACAGGGCCCAAACACAGAGUUCUGUCUCUCGACGAAGCGGAGGCGGUGUCUUUAAAAGUGUGCCUGUAGAUCUUUUUUUUCUCGUUAAUUUUUCGUUCACCUCCGCAGUCGACCUUUUCGUUGAACCAUGAGGACGUACUUCGUAAUAGCCGCCAUACUGAUCGCCGGAACGAGCGGUCAGGAAUCUUUCAAAUGCCCGGAUGACUUCGGGUUCUAUCCUCACCAUAUAUCGUGCGACAAAUAUUGGAAAUGCGAUAACAACGUGGCGGAGCUGAAGACGUGCGGAAACGGCCUCGCGUUUGACGCCAGCGACAACAAGUUCCUGACCGAGAACUGCGAUUACCUGCACAACGUGGACUGCGGCGAGCGCACGCAGCUCGAGCCACCCAUCAGUACCCCUCAUUGCACCCGCCUCUACGGCAUCUUCCCCGAUGAGAAGAAGUGCGACGUCUUCUGGAACUGCUGGAACGGCGAAGCGUCCCGCUAUCAGUGCAGCCCUGGAUUGGCAUACGAUCGUGAGGCCAGGGUGUGCAUGUGGGCCGACCAGGUGCCCGAGUGCAGAAACGAAGAGGUCGCCGGAGGUUUCACGUGUCCGGCCGCGGGCGAAGUGAGUGGUGCAUCCGGCAGCUUCAGCAGACACGCCCAUCCGGAGGAUUGCAGAAAGUACUACAUAUGCCUCGAGGGCGUCGCCAGGGAAUACGGCUGCCCGAUCGGCACCGUCUUCAAGAUCGGCGACGCUGACGGUAGUGGCGCUUGCGAGGAUCCCGAGGACGUUCCCGGAUGUGAGGAUUACUACGGCGACCUGGACCUGAAGAGCAUCCGGAAAAGCGAGCUACUUACCGGACUCCAGAACGAGCACAAAAAGCCGCACCAGGCGCCCCUCAAACCCAGACCCUUGGCCGGAGGGCCUACGAGGCCUUCCUCUCCCGUCCAGGAAUAAAUCCUAAUUUACCUCACUUCUUCACUCAUUCACUAUCUCUCUCUUUCUCUCUUUCUCUCUCUCUUUCUCUCUUUAUCUUUCUCUUUGUUGCUCUCGUUUAAUUAUAACGAAUUCUAUUGUUUAAUGCAAAUUAUUGGUGCAAAAUCUAGACUGCAGAAUUAAAAUGUAGAGAUUUUUUUUAUAGGAUAUAAUACCCUUGAAUCAAAAUAUAUUUCUUCAAUAAUA